CAUCAAAGGAAGUGAAGUUUUGUGUAGCUGGGGAGUGGCUUGUUUAGUUUUCAAAGAAAGUAGAUCAUUAGAAACUAUAAUGGUAAAUUUACGACGAAUAGUUGAGCUAUAGUUACAUAUAAUUUGUCGUACCGUCUUCGAAAGUUGGUCUACGUCCUUAUCGUGUAGACUUUGGAAGGGGAGCAUCAUAGAGGAACAAGAACGUAGGUCUUAUUUGGUCCUCAUCCCUGUAUCUACACAGCCUCCAGCACCCUAACAGAAGGGUCAGAGCGACAGCGCCGGUACUGAAUCAGCUGUUGCACAUCUUACUCUUGGGGCUGGACCAGUAAAAGAAGGUUCCAGAAGACAAAACCAACCUAACUCACCACUCUUACACUCCAACAAUGUCCUUAGCUCUCAAACAAGUCUUCAACAAGGACAGGACAUUCCGGCCCAAGCGAAAAUUUGAGCCCGGGACGCAGCGGUUCGAGCUGCACAAAAAGGCGCAGGCGUCUCUCAACGCAGGGCUGGACCUGAAGCAGGCGGUGCAGCUCCCCCAGGGCGAGGACCUGAACGACUGGGUGGCGGUGCACGUGGUGGACUUCUUCAACCGCAUCAACCUCAUCUACGGCACCGUCAGCGACUCUUGCACGGACCAGUCCUGCCCGGUCAUGUCGGGUGGGCCCAAGUACGAGUACCGCUGGCAGGACGAGAACAAGUAUAGGAAGCCAACCGCCCUGUCCGCCCCUAAGUACAUGAACAUGCUGAUGGACUGGAUCGAGGUUCAGAUCAACAACGAGCACAUCUUCCCCACGAACAUCGGUACACCCUUUCCCAAGACAUUCAUGCAGGUAGCAAAGAAGAUCCUGUCGCGCCUGUUCCGUGUUUUUGUGCACGUUUACAUCCACCACUUUGACCGUGUGAGCCAAAUGGGAGCCGAGGCCCAUGUCAACACCUGCUACAAACAUUUUUACUACUUCGUCACCGAGUUCAACUUGACUGAACACAAAGAGCUGGAACCACUGAAAGAGAUGACCGCUCGCAUGUGCCACUGAGAGAGGAAAUCAAUGACCACGUCCAUCGCAUUGACCCCAGGAGGAAAAGAAACAAAAAAAAAUCUUCAAGAGUUUAUUUUUUAUAAAGACAAUUAAUGCAUACAUAUUUAGAAAAAAAUGUGAACGUCAAACUUUAUGUGUCGGCAAGUUUUUUUAACUCAGUAUUAUUUUAUGUUAUUGUUGUUGCAAUAUUUGUUAUGGAUAGUCUGCAUUAAAAGCGAAUGCUAACUCUU